CAUACCCAACUUAGCUACAUUUUUGAGUUGCAAAACAAGAGCUACGUAUAUACUCUCUGAUUCAAGUUCACCAUUGGCGAACCAUGGAUUCCUUUUUUCAAGCUUUGGAACCUUUAACCACGGCCCUCUUGUUCAUGGUUCCCUUACUUUUCUUGUUAGGUCUUGUCUUUCGUCGUAAUAAGUUACCUUAUCCACCAGGGCCUAAAGGGUGGCCGAUUAUCGGUAACAUGUUGAUGAUGGACCAGUUAACUCACCGUGGCCUGGCGAAACUCGCUAAGCAAUACGGUGGUUUGUUUCAUAUGCGUAUGGGGUACUUGCACAUGGUGGUUGUUUCAAAUCCUGAAAUGGCUCGCCAAGUUCUUCAAGUUCAGGAUAACAUUUUCUCUAAUCGACCCGCCACCAUAGCCAUCGCUUAUCUAACUUAUGACAGAGCUGAUAUGGCGUUUGCUCACUACGGACCCUUUUGGAGACAGAUGCGUAAGCUGUGUGUGAUGAAACUUUUCAGCCGGAAAAGGGCUGAGUCAUGGGAGUCAGUAAGAGAUGAGGUUGAUGCUCUUGUAAGAUCCGUGGCUGAACACAAUGGAAAGCCAGUGAACCUGGGGGAGUUGAUUUUUUCACUCACUAGCAACAUCACUUAUCGGGCUGCUUUUGGGUUGAGUUCUUACGAUGGCCAAGAUGAAUUCAUCAGUAUUUUGCAAGAGUUCUCCAAGCUGUUCGGCGCUUUUAACAUUGCUGAUUUCAUCCCUUCGCUUGGCUGGCUUGAUCCUCAAGGCCUCGACACCAGACUCGAAAAGGCUCGUCUGUCUCUUGACAAAUUCAUCGACAGGAUCAUCAACGACCACAUCAAGGAAAGAAACCAUCAAGCUGCAGCCGAUAUGGUAGACGAUUUACUCGCUUUUUACAGUGAAGAAGCAAAAGUUGAUGAAUCAGAAGAUCUACAAAAUGCCAUCAGACUCACCAGAGAUAACAUCAAAGCUAUUAUCAUGGAUGUGAUGUUUGGUGGGACAGAAACAGUGGCGUCGGCGAUAGAAUGGGCCCUGGCGGAGCUGAUGAAAAGCCCGGAGGACUUAAAACUAGCUCAGCAAGAGCUUGCAGACGUUGUUGGAUUGGAACGCCGAGUUGAAGAAUCAGACUUGGAUAAUUUAACCUUCCUAAAAUGCACAGUUAAAGAAACUUUAAGGCUUCACCCACCAAUUCCCCUCCUCCUCCACGAGACCGCAGAAGACGCCGAGGUUUCCGGUUACCGUAUUCCGGCCAGGUCACGUGUCAUGAUCAACGCCUGGGCUAUCGGCAGGGACCCCGGCUCAUGGGACGAUCCAGAUACUUUCAAGCCAUCGAGGUUCUUGAAACAAGACAUGCCUGAUUUCAAAGGAAGCCACUUUGAGUUAAUACCGUUCGGGUCGGGUCGGAGGUCGUGUCCGGGUAUGCAACUCGGGUUAUAUGCGCUUGAAUUGGCGGUGGCGAGUAUGCUUCAUUGUUUUACGUGGGAGUUGCCCGAUGGGAUGAAACCGAGUGAGCUCGAUAUGAGUGAUGUGUUUGGACUCACAGCGCCCAGGGCCAGUCGACUCAUCGCCGUACCCAGUAAGCGGGUUUUAUGUCCUCUUUGAGAGUCCGAUAAAUCUAGAUUCUCUUUUUCUGCCUGUGGAUAAACAAGUUUUAUUUGGAGCUUCUUGUAAAAUCUCUUUUAGGUAUGACAUUUGAAAUAAUAAUGGUAAAACAAAUUAUAUUUUCUUUUUUUAAA